AUGGGUCUCCGUGUCAAAGCCCUUGCAGUGGCAGCUCUGGCUACCCUCAGCCAGGCCUCGCCGGUCCUAUACACUCGCGAGGACACUACCUCCAACACAACCUACGCCUUUACCAACAGCAACGGGCUGAACUUCACCCAGAUGAACACCACACUUCCUAAUGUAACCAUCUUCGCAACAGGCGGCACAAUCGCCGGCUCGGCCGCCUCUAACACUGCAACAACAGGCUACCAGGCGGGCGCCCUCGGAAUCCAGACCCUCAUCGACGCCGUCCCCGAAAUGCUCUCCGUCGCCAACAUCGCCGGCGUGCAGAUCUCCAACGUCGGUAGCCCAGACGUCACCUCCACCAUCCUGCUAGAGAUGGCGCACCGUCUCAACAAAGUUGUCUGCGAGGACCCAUCCAUGGCUGGCGCAGUCGUCACCCACGGCACUGACACCCUUGAGGAAACGGCCUUCUUCCUCGACGCAACAGUCAACUGCGGGAAGCCUAUUGUCAUCGUGGGCGCCAUGCGGCCCGCAACAGCCAUCUCUGCCGAUGGGCCCUAUAAUCUCCUGCAGGCCGUUACUGUGGCGAGCACGAAAGAGGCAAGGAACAGGGGCGCGAUGGUCGUCAUGAACGACCGCAUCGCCUCCGCUUACUACGUGUCCAAGACAAACGCCAAUACGAUGGAUACAUUCAAGGCUGUGGAAAUGGGGUACCUGGGUGCCAUUAUCUCGAACACUCCGUUCUUCUAUUACCCGGCCGUGCAGCCAAGUGGGAAGACGACUGUCGAUGUGUCCAACGUCACCUCCAUCCCGCGCGUCGACAUCCUCUACUCCUUCCAGGACAUGACAAACGACACGCUCUACUCAAGCAUUGAGAACGGCGCGAAGGGCGUUGUUAUCGCAGGAUCUGGUGCUGGGAGUGUCGAUACCGCCUUCUCGACGGCUAUUGAUGAUAUUAUCAGCAACCAGGGAGUUCCGAUCGUGCAGAGUACUAGGACAGGAAACGGAGAGGUGCCGUAUUCGGCUGAGGGGGGUAUUUCGAGCGGGUUCCUGAACCCAGCUAAGUCGAGGAUUUUGUUGGGAUUGCUGUUGGCCCAGGGAGGGAAGGGCACUGAAGAAAUUAGGGCGGUGUUUGGGAAGGUUGCUGUUUGAUUCCCGACUGCCCAGGGCUUAUGAUGUGAUUUGAUGAGAUAUGGUAUAAUAAUCUGUAUAUAUCCAGUAGAUAUCAUGGAAGAUGAUGAAUAGCUGCCGAUAUUUUUGUGUAUCUACUCAGUAUAGUCUCUGGCACUACGGUGUAUAUGAGACGACAUCGCAGACACCAAAUAUGCCAGAGAUCGAAUAUUCUAUAGCGAGUAUACUGUGGUUUGCGAGUCUCUUUGAUUGACA